AUGGCACAUCCCUCACAACUAGGAUUCCAAGACGCGGCCUCACCUGUAAUAGAAGAACUUCUUCACUUCCACGACCAUGCUCUUAUGAUUGUUCUUCUUAUCAGCACACUAGUGCUUUAUAUCAUCGUAGCAAUAGUCUCUACUAAACUUACUAACAAAUAUAUCCUCGAUUCUCAAGAAAUUGAGAUCGUUUGAACUAUCCUUCCAGCAGUUAUUCUUAUUCUUAUCGCUCUCCCCUCCCUCCGAAUUCUCUAUCUUAUAGACGAAAUUAAUGACCCCCACCUUACCAUCAAAGCAAUGGGACACCAGUGAUACUGAAGUUACGAAUACACUGACUAUGAGGACCUGGGCUUUGACUCCUACAUAAUCCCCACCCAAGACCUAAUCCCCGGGCAAUUUCGCCUGUUAGAAGCAGACCACCGAAUAGUGGUCCCCGUGGAAUCUCCAAUCCGAGUUCUAAUCUCAGCUGAAGAUGUCCUUCAUUCCUGAGCUGUCCCUUCUUUAGGUGUAAAAAUAGACGCCGUCCCCGGACGUUUAAAUCAAACAGCCUUUAUUGCCUCUCGACCCGGGGUGUUCUACGGACAGUGUUCUGAAAUUUGCGGUGCUAACCACAGCUUCAUGCCCAUCGUUGUCGAAGCAGUGCCCCUUGAACACUUCGAGAAAUGAUCCACUAUAAUACUUGAAGAUGCCU